GAGCCACUUAUAUAUUCGUGGGAAGUCAACGAAUAAGGUUCUACACAGAACAGCAUCACGGCAGGUAAAGAUCUCGCAGCAGACUACACCUCUCUCCAUCCUUAGAGCACCUUACUUGCGCGCACGUGCUCAGGGGGGUGCGGGUGGCCUAUGCAUGAGCCGACGCCGAGCCCGCCUGCACACCCGCCUCUGCGCCCGCGUGUGGACUAUGCGGUGCCCUCGUGGUUCUUCCACCCUGAAUGCACUGGCCCGUGGUUUGCGAGAACAGGGAGGGCGGCGGGGCGGCCGCGGGCAGCCGCGGGGCUCGCGGAGGAGGCUCCCGGAUGCCCCCUCCCUUCCGGAUUGCCGUGCUCGGGGCGCAGGGCGUGGGCAAGACGGCCAUCGUGCAGCGCUUCCUCCACGAUGACUACAGCGACAGGCCCGCGCCGGCGCCGAGCCGCACGCGCCAGGUCCACCUGGCCGCCGCCGUCCUCAACGGUCACGUGCACGACCUGCAGAUCACGGACUACCCGGCCAUCGCCAGCUUUCCUGGCAGCAGCUUGCAGGAAUGGACAGACACUUGCUGCCGCGGCAUCCGCAGUGCUCACGUCUACAUCCUGGUCUAUGACAUCUGCUGUUUUGACAGCUUUGAAUACGUCAAGACCAUGCGUCAGCAGAUCCUGGAGACCAGGAUGGUGGGGACAUCGGACACUCCCAUCCUCAUUGUGGGCAACAAGAGGGACCUACAGCGGGGGCGGGUCAUCCCCCGUCACAACGUCUCCGACCUGGUGAGGAAAAGCUGGAAGUGCGGCUACGUGGAGUGCUCGGCCAAGUUCAACUGGCACAUGUUGCUGCUCUUCGGCGAGGCGCUGCGCAGCGUGGGCUGCGUGCGCUGCAAACACGUCCACGCCACCAUCCGCUUCCAGCGAGCCCUGCGGAGGGAGCGCUGCAGCCUCAUGUGACGGCCGGCUUUGCCCAGAGAGAGGAGCCUCGGGAGGGGCAGUGGCCGACCGGGACUGCUGAGUUGUGAUUGACUAGAAAACCUGCAGGAUCCGCUGUAUACCUACUUACAACUGCCCUCGUGUUUUGCUGCUGAAUUCAUCCUAGAUCAAGGAUGGGGAAAUAAUUGUCUUUGUAAACCUUACCACCUUUGAUCUUCUCCUUAACUUAGAGGCAGCUACUUCAACCAAAAAUACCGGCUGUCUGAUUAUUUAUACUCAAAUGCACUCAAGGAAUCUUCUAGCAUCUGGUAGUGGCUCCAGACAGACAGCUGUUUGUGUUGUGGAAGUAACUUAGAGGUAAUUCAUGACAUAGCAAAUGCCCCUUGCCCCCUACAGAGUGAGACUGGCUGGAAUCUGCAGGAAAGAGAGCAGACUAACCUAACCCCUGCUGUCCUGGUCUCAUUAAUGAAAUUGCAUUUUUGAAUAAGCACCUAAAGUCCAAGGUUGUUGAGUAUGGUGUGGUCAGUUUUCUUUGAAUAUAAAAAUUAUAAACUGGAGUCAUUCGCCUUCUGUAAAUCUUGUUGUCCUGUAAAUCAGCCCUAUAUUGUAUGCUUUGCUUUGAAUGCAAAUGAUACCAAUGUGUGGGCAAUUGUGGCCAUUAAAAGGGAGGGCAACAGACUUCGGUUCACCUCUAGAUCAUUUUAGGAUUAGUUUGGAUUUUUUUACUUGUAAAUGUGCAUACUAUGUGUAGGGUACACAAGGUUUAGCUUGUGUGUGUAUGCCACUGGUAGGCCCAUGCAGGGGCAUCGUUGUUUUCUUUUUUCAAAUUUCAAAAAGCAAUAGGCCCACCUGCUUGAAUUCAAUUCUACUUAAAUUGCAUUGAGGACACAUAUAACAGCACAAGUAUAGAAAAAAACGGACUCAACAACUGAUUACAAUUGCUAACUGAUUCAAGCAAACAAAAACAUGCGGUAAGACUUUCAUUGGUCUUGAAUUAAAUGGUCAGUUGCAGGCUUCGGAAGAUUUUACUGCUAUUGGUGACGACAGUGUGUAAAGAACAGCACAGCCACUGAAAAUUACUGUUAAGUUUCUGUUCAAAUAAAAUUAUUUGUUGGUGCUACCAG